AUGCAAGAACAGAAUACAGUAGAAUUCAAUUAUAAUGAAGUGGCAUUUGAAGUGAUAGCUUCUAAUAUCACACAUAUAGCAAAAAUGACUGAAAAAGCUUUUGAAAAGUAUGUAAAAUAG